AUGGAGAUCACUAAAAGGGAGGACCGCCUUCCCCUGAACAUGCAGUGUCUAAUCAUUCUUGCCUCUUUUCUGAUCCUCCCCACUCUUGUGGCCAAUCUGCGCCUUCAGAAAGAAUACGAAAUUCUUUGCUCUUUUGUGGGGUACAUCCUUGGGCCUUACCUGGCUCUGGCCCCCUUAAGCUACAAAGCUCGGUUUAUGAUCGGGUGCGCCAGCGGAAUUGUCCCCAUAUUCUUGGGGUUCAACACAUAUCUUCGAGCCUUUGUCCUGGGCCUUAUAAACUCAUACUUUGCGCUCGUUAUCGAGAUGUUCUGCGGCGCGCUUUGCGUGCGGACCAAAAAGGCCCGGGCGGCCAUCGUUGCAAACAUAUUUGCUGGGUGGCUUUCUUUUCUUACAUUUUUUUCGCUCCACUUCUGCCCGGUUCUUGUGGAGCUUCUGUGCAACUCUGUGACUUCCUUUGUGCUUGCGUGCACAGGAACCCUCGCGUCCUACUACUUCAUCGUAGAAACCCCCGAGGAGAUAUUUGCGCGGUACAGGCUUGCCGAAAAGAAGAGCCGCGCGUACGAAGAGAUGUACAGCAGCCUUUCGUACAUAAACGGGCCGGAUAUUGUGGACGAAGACGAGCUGAAGGAGGAGUAUCGCAUCUUCUUGGACGAAAAAAGCAACCUGCAGGACCACUACACAAUAAAAGAAAAGGCUGCCGCUGCUCUCAGCUACAUCAACGUCUCCUUCAUAUACAUAUCCUUCCAGUGGGCAGCCGGCGUUGAAAACCGGUACUCUCUAUACAGGCUGUUUCUGGGCGCGAUGCAGCUGUUCACCUGGACGUUCAGAUACUACUCGCGGGCAAACGCCAUGUAUGUCUUUGUGCUGCCCCCUGCCGCGCUGUACUUCAUGUGCGUGAGCACAAACAACACACAGGACGUAUUUCUGGUCUUUCUCAUGCUUCUUGGAGCCAACUUUCUACCAAAGAAGUCCUCGGGACACGUCUUGCAGCGCGCAGACAUCGCGUUUGCAAAAAGCCUUCAGUACGUCCUCGUUUUUUUUGUCUUCUUUGGAAUAGCCUCAACGAUCUGA